GUAGUAUUGGAGAGAGAGAGGUGGUUGGCGGAGGCCAGGGAGACUUACCUGUGGAGCCAUAGCUCCAGCUUCGUCUUCGAUGUACCUGCAACAAGGCGCCACCUUCACAGCUAGGUCGUUUGGCCCCCUCUUAUUUCAUAUUAUUUCUUUUUCUUUUUUUUCUUUUUGUUCCUCGUCUCUCGGGUUUGUUAUUCUAUAUAUAUAUUUGCAUCUUUUUGGCUUGGGUAUCGCAGGGAUCUUCUUCAAUCUUCUUCAAUCAUCUCAUUGAGUCAUUGACUAAUGUCUCGCCCUCCUUCCUUUUCUUUCAUGUUUUUCAUGUGUGUGUCCUUCUUUUGUACCUGGAUUACCAAUGUGGUGAGGGAAUCCUACAAUGGGUAUGCCAUUGAACUCCUCCAUGGAAUGUUUCCAGGAUUUCGGUGAAGAUACGUUCAGGACGCUUGCUGCUGCUGACAAUGCAGUUAUGCUGAUAGAUGCGGGAAAGGGGCUCGAACCCCAAACCAGGAAACUCUUUGAGUUUGGGGGGAGGGGGAGGGAGGGGGGCGAAGGGGACGAGCGGUGGGGGGCGGUGGGGGCGGUGGGGCUGGGGAGAGAGAGGGAGAUAAAUAACAGGUUCAUGGGUGUUUACGACCGUCUGAGCGGCAAAGUGCAUUUGUUUGAGAGAGACCGGAAGCAUGGAAGCAAGGAGGCUACUGUGAAGAUAUUACCAUUGGAGGACCCUUCCUUACCCACGCUAAUGGAUGCGGAUCUGUAUGCACGUCUUCGGGAUGAUAUUGAAUUGCUGGAGGAGCUGGCGCCUCCUUUGAAUCUCGAGGAUGUCCAUUCAGGGAAUCUCUCUCUUGUCUUCUUUGGGAGUGCGAUGAACAACUUUGGGGUUGAGCUUUUUCUGGAGGCAUUUCUGAACCAUGGAUUGUCCCCAGGUGUACACGACAGCGAUUGUGGCGAUGUUGCACCUGACUACCCACACUUUACGGGCUUUGUCUUCAAGUUGCAAGCAAACAUGGAUCCGAAGCAUCGCGACAAGGUUGCCUUCUUAAGAGUUUGCUCAGGGCAGUUUCUGAAGGGAAUGAAGGUGCACAUCAGCCGAACGAACAAGACGAUUGCCUUGACGAGGCCGCAGAAGCUAUUUGCUCAAGAUAGAACAACAAUGGAAACGGGUUUCGCAGGAGAUGACCACAUUUACGAACAAGGAGAGGGAGCAAGAGGAGGAGCGAAGGAGGAGGACACAGAAGAGGAGGAGGCAGAGGAGGAGGAGGAGGAGGAGGAGGAGGAGGAGGAGGAGGAGGAGGAUGUGAUAAUAAUAAUACUGAGAGGAGGAGGGGGUGAUCAUAAUAAUACUGUAAACGACAAUUACACCAACAACACCAACAACUGUACUAGACUACUAGCACCACCACUCUUAAAGCAGAAGAAAUUGUGAGUUGCAGAUUGAUGCUGAUGACUAAGGUACAAGGAGGAAGAAGAAGAGGCGGAGGAGGAAGACGAAGAACAAAAACAACAGCAAAAC